AUGAACACCUCAACUGCUUGCCUCAAUGGCAGGACCUCCAGCGUAGAAGAAGCCAUGAGGUGGAUUGGCAUAGUGACCAACGUCGUCAUCCUUGUCUUGGGCGUCAUUGGCAAUGGGCUUGUGGUGUGGGUGACAGCCACAAAGAAGAAGCAUUACAAUUUUACUUCAACCUGCUAUCUCAACCUGGCCGUGGCAGACCUCCUCUUCUCUCUAGGCCGCAUCCCCGCCCUGGUGCAGGAAGUCAUGUACAAGUGCUGGCCCUUCGGCGACGCCUUGUGCAAGCUUCACACCUUUGCACGCUACCUCACAGUCUUCACUGGAGUCUUUGUCCUCACUCUCAUCAGCGUAGACCGCUGCUUGCUGGUCACCUUACCUGUCUGGGCCCGAAACCACCGAGGGCCUCGCUUCCAGGCCCUGUUGUGUGCCGGGGCUUGGAUUUUAGCUUUGGUCUUCAGUGUCCCCUAUCUGGUAGUCCGGGAAGUCACUUUAAAAGACGGAGCAAAGUAUUGUGGCUACCGGAAAGAUCUCAAGAUUGCCACCGAGCUGCCCCUGAGGCUAAGCAGGUUCUUUGGGGGGUUCUUGGUACCCUUCAUCGUUAUUCUCUCAGCCUACUUGGUUCUGAUUUUCAAGCUUCACCGACGGCGCUGGGAAGGGUCACACCGAACCUUCUCUCUGGUGGCCACCAUUGUGGCGCUAUUCUUCAUCUGCUGGCUUCCCCAUCAUGUGGUCACACUUGUCAGCACUUUGGGGGGCUCUGAGGACUCCUGGGGCAUUGCACUCAAGCUGUCCAAUGCUCUGGCCUACCUCCACAGCUGUAUCAACCCUGUGAUCUAUGUCUUGGUGGGUUAUUUCCGUAUCCGAAGUCUCCAUCGCCGAGCCUCCUUCCUCGGACUGUUCCGCAGGGCUCUCACUGAAGAAGAUGAAAACUCCACAGGGGCUGAGGUGUCACGGAGCCUGAAACAGAAGACCUAA